AUGUGCGUUCUGAAAACGGCAACAGGAGCCGAGCGAAACGUGCUAAAUAAUCUUCCAGAAGAUUCAAAGUUGACGCUGGGAGCAAGCACUGCCACCGAGCUGCGACAUCUGCCGUAUCAGCGGUUGGCGCACAGUAAACAACUGGUCGAGGAUCCAGAAGGGGCGAAGGCGCUCUUACCCCUGGUGGAAAAUAACAUUACUGGUGAUGCGUCGUCAGACGGUGGAGGCAAUGGUCACGGAGAGGAAGGGGAUGACACGAACACUGAGGGAGGUGCGCAGGAGCUGCCGGGCGGUGGAUUGAUUGUCUUGCCGCAUUUUUUUCUUCCCGGUCAAGGGAACGAGUUGUUUCG